AAUAUAAAAUAUAAUCACUUCCCUGUCUGAAAUUUAACAUGUUUACAGAACUCUAGUAGUAAGAUUUAUGUACUUCAAUUCGUGCUUGUCGGCUUUCGAGUGCCCUUUAACCCCUAUUGGGGCAAUUACAGCUAUUAUUCUUAAUCGUAAUGUUUCAUCUAUAAAAUGUUGGUCGAUCAAAAGCGCAACGGUAAAUUCCUUUAUGGUCGAUUUCUAAGCCCCCAUAUCCAGCCAGAUGCCAACCCGCCCAUUUCCAUGUCCAUUCGAUCAUUCUCAUUGGCUGUUGAAAAAAGUUUCCAGCCCUACGUUGGGCCAUGCUGCAUAAUAGUUGGCCAACUCAUAUAACCCUGUCUGAACUCUUGCCCAUGUCGGGCAACACCCCCAACGAAAUCAGAAAUGUGGUCAACAACUUUUCAUAUUCUAGACAUUUUUUUUUUUGGCUGCUGUCCAAGCGGCGGCUUUGAGGGGGUGGCUAAUCAGACUAACCAGUUAUAUGAAACCCUUAUAACUGUGCUGCAAAAUAAAUGUCAUUCAACAUGAAAAAGUGUCAUGUAUUUGACGAAUAAUUACCGUCAACAUUGCGUGAUUGGCUGAAUCAACCGGAAGGCGGCCUGUGGCGCUAUGGCUUAGAUUUAGUCCUAACUGGUCUAGGGUUGGGGCUGGGCAAGGCCCGUUGGGGCUGCCCUCUGUUUGUACGUGUGUGUGUUUGAGUGUGUGUGUGUGACAAUAACCUAUAAUUAUUUAGUAGCUAGACAGUCAGACCGUAGGCAGGUGGCAGUGUGGACGGUUGGGCAAACUAGGAAUACGCGCCGCAGGCUCAGAGACAACGCGGCACUCGGCGCGAACGGAACUCAAAACUCAUUGUCGCCGGAGUUCUGAGAGCUGCUCAAAAUGUAUUCGCCCGCUAAAUCGCCCAUAGUAGACGUUACCGAAACCAUCUCCCUGCACAGCGAACUGGACAUUGACCUGGAGCCAAGUUGCAACUCAACCCUCACGAUACCUGCAACGCAUAGUCUGCGCAUGCCGCUGCCUGGACUCGCAUUGCCCAGUCUGUUGGCCUCCAAGUCAAAUGGCGGCAUUCCUGGUGCUACGUUACCCGCCUUCGAAUAUAUUGCGCCGCCGAAUCAUGCCCUGCAGAAUCUUGACUUUCCGCUGAUGGAGCUCAACCGCGUUGGCAUGUUUCCAGGCUUUUUGCAUCGGCGGGCACGUGGCGAAAAGCGACCCAUACCAGAUGCCCAGAAGGAUGCCAAGUAUUAUGAACGACGCAAGCGCAACAAUGAGGCAGCCAAAAAGUCAAGGGAUGCUCGCAAAAUACGCGAGGAUCGCAUUGCGUUCCGUGCUGCGCUCCUGGAACAGGAGAACUCCAUACUGCGAGCCCAGGUGCUUGCCCUGCGCGAUGAAUUGCAGACGGUGCGUCAACUGCUGGGCGCCACAACGUCCGGCAUGUUGGGCGUGGCCAGGCAAGUCUGAUGCCAUUCCUGGACAUCGGGCUGUACAUAGAAGUGAAAUUGUGUUUUGUGAUUUAUAGUUAUAAAUAAAUUUUUAGAUUGUAUAUAAGGGGAAAAAACCUGAUUCCAUUCCGAGCGAGGUUCAACCGAUAAAAUAUAUGGCUGAGGGUACGCCGAAUUUUACAACUUUACCAAAUGCCCCAAGUUCAAUAAUAUAAUUCUUAAAACUAGUUCGCCUCUGAAAGUUGGAGUCGAAUUUUUCUGGCUGGAAGUUCCUGACUAGGAGAUAGCCUAGGCCCGAAAUCUAAUCGCCCUCAAAAUGCACAAUCAGGGCAUGAAAAGUCG